CGGGGCUUCCUGUAUGCUGCCGCUGCCGGGUGUCCAUGGCCCGCACCCCCAAGCUGCCACUGCAGCAGUCAGAGUGGCGGCCAGAGGCUCGGUCCAUGCUGUGCUCCCUGGACGGUGUUAGCGAGGCUGAGCAAGAGGCCUCAGUGUCUCGACACCUAAGAUUGCAAGGACGGAGCGUCACCAGGUCGGAGGACCAUGUUGCGCCGCAAACCCUCCAACGCCAGCGAUAAGGAGCCCACUCAGAAGAGAAAGCUCUCACUCCAGCGCUCCAGCAGCUUCAAGGAUUUUGCCAAAUCCAAACCCAGCUCCCCCGUGGUGAGCGAGAAGGAAUUUAACCUGGAUGAUAAUAUUCCAGAAGAUGACUCAGGUGUCCCUAUCCCAGAAGAUGCCGGGAAGAGUGGCAAAAAGCUGGGGAAGAAGUGGAGGGCCGUGAUUUCCCGAACCAUGAACAGGAAGAUGGGCAAGAUGAUGGUGAAGGCCCUGUCAGAAGAGAUGGGAGACACUCUGGAGGAGGGCUCAGCCUCCCCGACUUCACCAGACUGCAGCCUGGACAGCCCCAGCCCUGAGAAGAUGGCACUGGCCUUUUCUGAGCAGGAGCAGGAGCUUCCGGCACUUAGCCGCCAGGCAUCCACAGGCAGUGAGCUCUGCAGCCCCAGCCCAGGCUCUGGCAGCUUCGGAGAGGAACCACCUGCCCCACAGUACACAGGGCCCUUCUGUGGCAGGGCACGAGUCCACACCGACUUCACUCCCAGCCCCUAUGACCAUGACUCGCUGAAACUGCAGAAAGGAGAUGUGAUCCAGAUCAUUGAAAAGCCACCUGUGGGCACAUGGCUGGGCCUGCUCAAUGGCAGGCUGGGAUCUUUCAAGUUCAUCUAUGUGGAUGUGCUGCCUGAGGAGGCCGCAGGACCUGCCCGCCCCACCCGCCGACAAAGCAAGGGCAAGAGGCCCAAGCCCAAGACUCUGCAUGAGCUACUGGAGCGCAUAGGCCUGGAGGAGCACACGUCCACCCUGCUGCUCAAUGGCUACCAGACACUGGAGGACUUCAAAGAGCUGCGGGAAACACACCUCAAUGAGCUGAACAUCAUGGACCCACAGCACCGGGCCAAGCUGCUCACGGCCGCCGAGCUGUUGCUGGACUACGACACCGGCAGCGAGGAGGCGGAAGAGGGCACCGAGAGCAGCCAGGAGCCAGCGGCAAACACAGUGUCCGAACCCAAGGUGGACAUUCCUCGCGACUCUGGCUGCUUCGAGGGCUCAGAGAGCGGGCGUGAUGAGACGGAGCUGGCGGGCCCUGAGGAGCAGCUGCAGGGCCUCUCCCUGUCCGGGGCGCCUUGAGGCAGAGGCGGCGGCACAGGCCGAGGCUGGGCCCCAGCGGCAAACACUGGGGAUGGGCCCGGCCUCCCACAGAGGCCCAGACCCCAGAGGACUGGUGCCGAGUCUGGCCCUGCUCCCCUAGAGGUGCCCAGGGCUGCGGAGGCCGGCCAAGGCCCUCCCUGUAGGUUUGGCUGGAGUGGAUGCAGAGCCACCCAAGGGCAUGUCCCACCCACCCAGUCCCCUCCCUCCACCAGCUACUGACAGCACAGAACUUCCAGGCACUGCCUGCUCCCAGUCACAGCAAGUGGGACACUGUGGGGCCAUCCUACCCAUGUCCCUCACCACCGAGGCCCCCAAACCCUCCUCACCCUCACACCACUUUCCCCUGUCACACUGCUCCUGAAAAGGGGGCCAAGUCAAUGUUUCAGGUACGUUUCAAAACCCCAGGGAGGCUGGCCAUUUGAAAGGACCCUAACUCAUCAUGGGUCCAUACAGACUUCCCCGAACAAGGCUUGAAGAAAGCCACAUGGACCUUCCCCACAUUCCUUCUCCUUAACUUUUUGAGAGGUCUGGCCACUAAAUUGCCAUCUGACUUAAACCAAGUGCUUUCCCCAAUUAAGGUCUAGGACUGGUGAGGAUUAGAGUGGAUACUGCUGAGGACCUUGCCAGCUCUGACAUUCUGUGACGUUAAAAGUCUGCUCUCCUGUCACCUGUGGCUGAGGACACCAGUGGGGUUUACUGAGGGAGCUGAAGGGACUUUGGGCUCCCAAAUGAAACGGCUCCUCCUGCUCAUUCGUUCCAUACCUCCCCACGUGACUCAAGCCAAGCUACAACUUCCCCCAGCUUAAAACAAUAUGACCCUCCCUUUCCACUCCUGGCACCAUCCAAUGACACUUCCCCUGAAGGCCAAUGGCAGAUAGAUCUGACUUCCAAGGACAGAACUGCCCCUCUGAAGCCAGAUGCAAGUCUGGACUCAGACUUGGCCCCCUGUAAGGGUUCUUAGAAACAAAGAAAGCAUGAAGCUUGACACUGGGGAGUCCACUACCCCCAACUUUGCUUUCCAAGAGGUUUUGAUGUACAGUUCUAGAACGGGAGGAAGCUUAUCUGUCGGUGGGGGCCCUCCCUUGAUGUUAAUACCAAGUCUGUGCCCUGAAUUCCCAGAGUAAACCUUCCCCAGGGUCCAACUGGCCUGGGGACAGGGCCCACUACGUCUAGGACGGCCUGCUUCGUGAACACACUUCUCAACCUACUAUGAAGAAUUUUGGUAAAAGCUACCUUGGGGAAAAGGUUUGGGUGUAAAUAUGAGGGGAUGGAGGCGGAUAAGUUGGCAGCAAUAAACAUAGGUAGAACUAAA